UCCUUCACAAACUCACUGGCUUCACGCAACAAUCAGCUCCUUACCCUCACCCCUCUCAUCUUCACAAUUGUAUCAAACUAUCAACUGUCCAGACUCGAGGAGUCCAGAUGGACGAACGACUCGGCCCAACCCUUUCAUGCAAAACAUGGUUGCGCGGGUCAAACAAGUAGACAAUGAGGCUGAAAAAGCUCGUUUUCAUAUGCAUUCACACAAGGGAGUCAAAGAUUCAACUUCUGGGAUCAAGAGGCUAUACCUUUAUAAUAAAGGUACCUUGCGUUAGAAGUUAGAACCAAGGUUCUUUUACUCUUCAACAAAGUCUUCAAGAGAUGCACAAAUUUGUAGGGACUACCCGCUUGGGUUUAGCUCCGUAUAGAUCUCUGAAUCUUAAAGACAUUAAAAAGGGACAGAAGGUUGUUCACGGUAAAGGAUCAGUGCAGAAGAAUAUUCUUGAGGCACUUUAUUUAGGGGAAAGAAGCAGAGCUUCUAGGCUCUUGUUAGAGUUUGGCCAUGGAAGAAGCACCUUGAAUGCUAAUGAUUUUCUUUACAUCCUUCAACAAUGCGCAAGGCUGCCUGAUCCAUUGUUUCUUAUGGAGACAUGGAAGCUUAUGGAAGAAAAGGAAAUUACAAUCAACCGAGAAUGCUACUAUUUUGCUAUCCAGACACUCUGCAGGGGUGGUUACUUGAAUGAGGCGCUCCGUUUGAUGAAUAUUGUGAGAGAUGACCCUAAUAUAUGCUAUUUUCUGCCUAUAUACAACAACUUGUUGCAGGCCUGUGCUCAAAUGCACAAUAUAAGUUAUGUAAAUCAAUGUUUGGAUUUGAUGGACAAUCAGAUUGUGGGCAAGAAUGAAUUAACAUAUAUUCAGCUUCUCAAGAUUGCAGUUUUGCAGCAAAACCUAUCUGCGGUUCAUGAGAUUUGGAGAGAGUGUACGAAGCACUACAACCCUAGCAUCCUUUGCCUACAAAGGUUUAUAUGGUCAUUUUCGAAAUUAAGAGAUCUGGAAUCUGCUAACUUGAUUCUACAAAAAAUGAUAGAUAUAUCCUCCCAGAGGGAUUUUAUUGUUUAUAUAAACGCUGAUGGAAACUUGCAUAGUUUGAGAUUGGACAUUCCAGCACCUUGCAAAGGCAACUUAAGCCUUUUAAGAAGUUCCCCAGGAAAGGAAAGUAACUGUAAGCUUGGCCGUAGUGGUGUCGGCACCACAAAGGGGCAUGUCUAUGGCAUUUCAAAAAGUGCAAAAAGAACACAGAAGUGUUUUGCUGCAAUGAAGUUGUUGCGUAAGUCUUUCAAUGAUGUCAUACAUGCUUGUGCAAGCAUGCAGAAUGAUGUUCUUGCAGAGAAAUUACUUUAUCAGAUGCAAGAUAUUGGGUUGGAACCAUCAAGAGAUACAUAUAGCGCAUUCACUAUGGCAGUUCUUUCUGUAAGAGGUGUCCAUGAUGCCAUUGAAGUGAUAAAGCUCAUGGAUAAGAAGAAUAUGAGGCCUUAUGAUUCAACUCUGGUGUGUUUAUCAGCUAGAUGCAGUAGAAGUUUAAAGCUGGAUUUGGCAGAGUCUUUCCUCGAUAAAGUGUCUUCUUUUGAAGGUCCUUAUCCAUUUAAUGCUUUGCUGGAAGCAUGUGAUGCCUUGGACCUACCUGAAAGAGCAAUCCAAACAUUAGUAAAGAUGAAAAAGUCGGGUAUUCAACCAGACAUCAGGACAUAUGAGUUAUUGCUCUCAUUGUUCGGAUGUGGGAAUAGACUUAUCACGGAAGAUGAUUUAGUGCUUCAAACAGAUGUUUCCAAAAGGAUACAUGCUAUAGACAUGGAUAUGAUGAUGAAUGGAAUUCAUCAUAGUCAGCUAUCUUUGAUGAAUUUGUUGAAAGCACUUGGGGGGAUGAGACUUAUAAAGGAGAUGAUUCAAUACUUACAAGCUGCAGAGAACCAAUAUCCUCACUAUCAAACUUGUCUGGGAACCAAUCACUAUAACACGGUCUUGCAUUCUCUUGUUAGGGCAAAAGAAGCCAGUAUGGCUAUCGCCAUAUUCGAAGGCAUGAAAUCAUGUGGGGUCCCAUUUGAUGCUGCAACCUACACAAUAAUGGUUGAUUGCUGUACCAUAAUAAACAAUCUCAAAUCUGCAUCAACCCUAGUUUCCAUGAUGAUCCGUGAUGGUUUCAUUCCGCAGAUAUAUAUUUAUACAAGCUUUAUAAAGAUUCUGGUUGCAGCGGAAGAAUUUGGCGAGGCAUUUGAGUUACUGAAGAAGGGAAUCUCAGAGGGGAUUCAACCAGAUGCAUUGCUAUAUAACAGAAUUCUCCAAAAGGCCUCUGAGAAGGGACGGAUUGAUGUGAUUGAGAUGUUUGUGGAGCAGAUGCAUCGGGACAGAGUUCAGCCCAACUCAUCCAUCUGCCGCAACAUAUUUCUUGCAUAUGCUGACCGUAGGUUCUAUAAGACGGCUAUGGAGGCAUUGCAGGUUUUGUGUAUGAGGAUGAUAUCUGUAGAUGAAAGUGUUUUGGACAAACGACGUGCCAUGUAUGAAAACCUUAUUCUAAAAGAGGACACAGAGGAAGACAGUGAAAGGAAGAUAAUCGAGCUUUUAUUCAAUGAAGAGGAAUAUAGCAGUAGAGAUGACCUUUCCAUUGCCAUGCUCAUGUUAAGAUGGUGUGCCAUGCUUGGAUUCCCAGUAUCUUGGUCACCCAAUCACAGCCCGUGGGCUAAGAGGCUAUCGAUUAACUAUGACCUUUUAACACAAACCUCCCCAGAUCGUAGCACUGGAAGAUACCCUUGGUCUGAUGUCCGGUCUAGACGUUAAGCACAUAAAUGUUCCAGAUUGGGACCGAGGCGGGACCGGUGUGGUUUAUUACUCCAAAUGACAUCACUUUCAUGGCUGGAAGCCCUAACCUGUUCCUGUUCCCUAAAAUGGGUACCAGACUGACCCUUACCAGCACAACAACUAUUUUCUUUGUAAUGGUUUGGUUCCCACUGCCCAAAACCGGCCUGAGAGUUAGACUAGAACUGCCUGGGUAACCCAAAACUGGACCGACCAGGUAUAUCCCAGUUACUCUCACAGUUCCACCUGCCCUAUGACCCGGAACCAACAGGUCUGGAGCUACGCCAGGUCCAUCAAUACAUGCAUUUGCAUCUUGCUCCAUGGUUGAUGGUCGAUGUUACUUCAGCAUUAUAUUUCACAUAAUCUUCUCUUUGUUAUUUCAUGGAGGUUCUUGUAGAUACACCAAAUCUCGUUACUAAGAUGUAUAUAAGAGCAUCUUUGAUACUAGCCAUGUACAUUGAGGUUUGCUUCAAAAGAACGCCAACAAUUUGUAGUUAUGUUGUCCUUUUCCAUUUUUAUGGUCUUGAUCUAAAUCAGUUGUAGAAGUUUUUGAAGCUGACAAUUAAAGCUGACAACAGGUCUGGAGCUAUGCCAGGUCCAUCCAUACACUUAUUUGCAUCGUGCUCCAUGGUCGAUGGUCGAUGCUACUUCAGCAUCAUAUUUCACAUCAUCUUCUCUUUGUUAUUGGGGUUCUUGUAGAUACACCAAAUCUCGUUACUAAGCCGUGUAUAAGAGCAUCUUUGAUACUAGCCAUGUACAUUGAAGUUUGGUAACUUGGUUCAAAGGAACGCCAGCAUUUUGUAGUUAUGUUGUCCUUGACAUUUUUAUGCUCUUGAUCUAAAUCAGUUGUAGAAGUUUUUGAAGCUGACAGUUAAAACUACAAACUUACUUUAUAAGUUCAUAAUUUCAUAUUUAUUAAUUUAUGCUAUAA